AACAGUAAAAGCGUAAAUUCAAUGAAAGAAGCCGGAGCAGGCGUAUCAUCAUCUGGGAAUAAAGGGAAAUCAUGCAAAGGAUGUCUGUAUUAUUCGUCUACUUUCAAAUCCAAUUCCCGCAAUCCUCUCUGUCUCGGCCUUACUCGUUCCCUUCCUCAAGUACCUCGAUAUAUUGUUGGUGAAUCUGAGAAGGAAGCUUCAAAAGAGGGUCGGAGCCUUACAGAUUUUAGAUAUGCUUGUGUCGGUUAUUCUGUUUACUUGGAUCAGAAAUCUCGAUCAACUGAUGCGCAAGAGGCACAAACAGAAUUGCCCGUCUGUGUUGGCCUUGAGGUUUUGGUGGAUAAAAGACCUGCUUCAGCUGAUACAUCUCCUGGCCAUACUCCUGCUCCUGCUCAUGCUCAUAACAGAGAAGAAAAUUUGAAAGAUGGACAUCGACUUCCACAGCCUCGAUCAAAUAAACCUACUAACUCAGCCGGUGAUGAGUUCCUUACCAGGUUCACCAGGAAUGCUAACUUGGUUGCAAAUGGGGUUGCCAAGAACUUGCGGAAAGUGGGAAACCGUAUAAAAGAAAGUGUUGAUGACAUCUUUUAUCGGCGCCCAAAAUAGGAUUUGAAUCCUGAAAUAGAUAAAUGACCAUUGACCUGAAAGUUGCUUCACCAAAUAAUAAUUACUUUUGCUUCAUUCGUCUUGUAAUAGGUUAAAAAGGAAAACCUUGUAAUGUGUAUUUCGAGAUUCAUUUUGGUGUUUGGUUAAAUUCAUAGCUAUUGAAGGCAUGCCACCUAAUUAGCUCUGACCAGGAGUGUUCUGUAAUAUUUUGUAUAAACUGGUUAUCUUGUUGGUUGAGGAAAUGCAAAGGAAUUCAUUAAUGUUGGUCACGA